UCUAGGUCCUGCUGGAGCCAGUGACAGGAAAGGGGCUCGUGCUCCCCUCCUGUCUAUCAGCCUUCCUUUCUCACUGCCAUCAAUUAUUCAUUAGCCUUCCCUGGUUGGGCAAGCUGGUCCUCCUCUCCAUGCUCCGCCCAGCUUAGCUACACUGCCACAGAGGCCCCAGUGAGAAAGGACAGCCAGCCAGGCAGUGCAGAACUAGCUGAAGGACUAAGUGGCUGGCCCCUCCGGACCCUGCCUGGGGUCAUAUCUCCUUUCCUCUGGCACCUCCCUCUUUCCUUCUGCCAAUCCUCUGGUGUCAGAAAGUCCCUGGAGAAGAUGCCAAUCCAGAUCUUCUGCUCUGUGUCAUUCUCCUCUGGAGAGGAAGUCCCAGGGUCCUUGGGAGAUGUCUGGGGUCCCCAUCAUCACCACCAGCAACAGCGGAACAGCUCAGAAUCCGAAGAGGAGAAAGAGAAGGAAAAGGAUGCAUCAAGGAACGAGGCCAUCAAGGGGGAUUCACCCGUGGAUUUGGUGGCCUUUGCCAAUAGCUGCACCCUCCAUGGUGCCAGCCAUGUCUUUGUGGAAGGGGGUCCAGGGCCAAGGCAGGCUUUGUGGGCUGUGGCCUUUGUCCUGGCAUUGGGUGCCUUCCUGUGCCAGGUAGGGGACCGUGUUGCUUAUUACCUCAGCUACCCUCAUGUGACCCUGCUAGACGAAGUGGCCACCACAGAGCUGGCCUUCCCAGCCGUCACCCUCUGCAACACCAAUGCUGUGCGGCUGUCCCAGCUCAGCUAUCCUGACUUGCUCUACCUGGCCCCCAUGCUGGGGCUGGAUGAAAGUGAUGAUCCUGGGGUGCCCCUUGCUCCACCUGGGCCAGAGGCUUUUUCUGAGGAGCCCUUUAAUCUUCACCGUUUCUACAAUCGCUCCUGCCACCGGCUGGAGGACAUGCUGCUCUAUUGCUCCUACCGCGGGGGGCCCUGUGGCCCUCACAACUUCUCUGUGGUCUUCACACGGUAUGGAAAGUGCUACACAUUCAACUCGGGUAGAGAUGGGCGGCCCCGGCUGAAGACCAUGAAGGGUGGGACAGGCAAUGGGCUGGAGAUCAUGCUGGACAUCCAGCAGGACGAGUACUUACCUGUAUGGGGAGAGACUGACGAGACAUCCUUUGAAGCGGGAAUCAAAGUACAGAUACACAGUCAGGAUGAACCUCCUUUCAUCGACCAGCUGGGCUUUGGUGUGGCCCCAGGCUUCCAGACCUUUGUGGCCUGCCAGGAGCAGCGGCUCAUCUACCUGCCCCCACCCUGGGGCACCUGCAAAGCUGUUACCAUGGACUCGGAUUUCUUCGACUCCUACAGCAUCACUGCCUGCCGCAUUGACUGUGAGACACGUUAUCUGGUGGAAAACUGCAACUGCCGCAUGGUACACAUGCCAGGGGAUGCACCAUACUGCACUCCAGAGCAGUAUAAGGAGUGUGCAGAUCCUGCCCUGGACUUCCUGGUGGAGAAGGACCAGGAGUACUGCGUAUGUGAAAUGCCCUGCAACCUGACCCGAUAUGGCAAGGAGCUGUCCAUGGUUAAGAUCCCCAGCAAAGCCUCAGCCAAGUACCUGGCCAAGAAGUUCAACAAGUCUGAACAGUACAUAGGGGAGAACAUCCUCGUGUUGGACAUUUUCUUUGAAGUCCUCAACUAUGAGACCAUUGAGCAGAAGAAGGCCUAUGAGAUUGCAGGGCUCCUGGGUGACAUCGGGGGUCAGAUGGGGCUUUUCAUCGGGGCCAGCAUCCUCACGGUGCUGGAGCUCUUUGACUACGCCUAUGAGGUUAUAAAGCACAAAUUGUGCCGAAGAGGGAAGUGCCAGAAGGAGGCCAAGAGGAGCAGUGCAGACAAGGGCGUGGCCCUCAGCCUGGAUGACGUCAAAAGACACAACCCGUGCGAGAGCCUCCGGGGCCACCCUGCCGGGAUGACUUACGCUGCCAACAUCCUACCUCACCAUCCGGCCCGAGGCACGUUUGAGGACUUUACCUGCUGAGCGCAGGCCACUCUACCAAACGCCUAGGCGGGGAGGGCUAGGAGAGCAAGGGGCCCCCUAGCUGCCUCCGCAUCUGUCCUGGAGACUCACCCACACUUCUGGGGCAGUCCUUUCCUCUUGUCUCUGAUGAGGAAGGGUGUUGACUAUAGCGUCCUCUCCCUGCCUCUUAUCCCAUUCUUUUUAUUUUAACAAAAUUAAACUAAUCUAAAAACCUGAGAGAAAGGGGCAAAGGACCUUGGGCUGCCCCCUCUCUGCUCCAUGCUGCCUCCCCUAGCUCCCAGCCUAAAUUCUUGUCUGUCUGGCUGUCUGUCAUCCUGAGUGUCUGCCUACAUUCUGCUGCCUCCAGUCACCAAAGCCCCCUCCUAUUGAGGGGUGGAGGGGAUCCUUGGGGUCUGGAAUUUGGCCCCAAAUCAGAGAAUGUACUUAAGGGGAAGGGCUAGUGGGAGGGCUUCCCCAGCCUUAAGAGACCCUCUCAGCCCAGUUAUUCCCCGAGUUUCCAGGCAGGAACUAGAACCCCAGCCUCACUCCCUCACAUAAUAUGGAAUCUCUAGCAGGUGGGGGAUCCCCUAAAGAAGUGGAGAUGGGGACAAGAUGUGGCCCUGGUGCUGUAGGCCACAUCCUGAUACUUACAAGUUCAACCCCACCCCAAAGCUGCUGGAGAGAAAUCCCAAGAGGUAGCCUUCCUCUACAUCCCAUGGAAGACCUGGCUGGUUAGCUUCCAGCUCAGGGAGAGGGGCACUGGUGCCUGACCUCACUGGUCCCUCUCCCAGAGGCCCUUGCAGAGGGCCACAUCCAUAAAUUUUCUUAUGGAACUCUCCCAAGUCCUCUGCCCCAGCUUCAUUUGCUUCUUUCAACAACCUCAUCUGCAUUUUCUAUUUCUAUAUGAUACAGACUCUAUAUUGCUAUAUCUCUGUAUAUACUUUCCUCUAACCCUGUCUGUCUUCACCCAUUCCCUCUUGUCUCUUGAGAUCCAUCCUCCUACCCAAAGUUCCCCCUUCUGUGUUUAUCCCCCCCUUCCCAGUCUUUGAAUGCCUUCGCCUGUAUAAAGAGUUGGACUCUCUCCCCUGGUGUCUGUACUGUGUACACACAUCCCUCUGAGAAGCACAAGGAGACGACACGCGCAUUGUAACCUUCGCUCUGUCUCGGUGGCGACAUAAAGGAAGCUGUGAAUCACAAGCUCUGCCUCGUUCUGGCCUCACCCUUUCCCCCCAACCUGGGCACCUCUGCCCUCCCUGUAGCCUUAACAUUCCCUUCCCCUGCUCCACCUAUCCCAAUGCCCUUUGCUUGACUGACUGUGGCCUCCCCAGGCAAGAGGUUGCUACAGAGGUAGCCUCCACCCAGGGAAUGGAGAGCUGGGCUGGAUAUUAAGCCAACAGUGUCAGACACAGAGGGAGGUGGGGAUUGGUGACUCCCACAGCUGGGGCAGUGGAUGUCCACAGGUAGAAAAGCUGAGGUCCUUGGUCAGUGACCCAGUCCUGUUCCCUCACCUUAUGCCCAAGCCAACCACCUACAUUUUCUGAUGAGGCAGGGUUUAGUAGUGGGAGGAAAGAGGCAGGCCUAGAAGAGAAUUUGAAAGCUCUGCUCUUCUGUCCCUCCCUACCUUAAUGAGAGACAAGUGAGGUAAAGGGCCUGCCCCUACCCCCUCAACCAGGCACUCCUUCUAGGCCAGAGCACCAACCCAUUUCCAGGCCUUCUCUGCCCAGCUGUCUCUUGGUCUCCAAUCCCAGAACAAGAUCUGUGUGCAGGUCACCUGUGCAUUGGCCUGGAGCUGGAGUGUUUCUUAGAGAUUUGACCUGCCCCGAGGGAAGCAGUAGCAAGGCCAAGAAGUGUACACUGGAUAGGGGAACAGCAGGCAGGGCUGGGUGACGCAUGCCUCUGGUCUAAUAAACUGGGU